AUGGAGAGUUCUGGAUGCGGUGAUGAUAUGGAUGUCAUUGACUAUGAUCAUGACAUGGAUGUCAGUGACUGUGAUGAUGACAUGGACACUGGUGCAGACACAGAUUCAGACUAUAACAGUGAUGAGGAUGAGUUUUGGAUUGUAUUUCCACUUAUUGGCGAGAUGGUUGCUUAUUUCCAGCGGCAUUACGACAAUUGCCCAAUGCGUACUAGCAUUUUGAGUGGGAAAGACUACAUGGCUGAAGUGAGGGAUGACAAUCCUACCAAUUGUCAUGACAUGUUUCGCAUGACAUUGGACUUGUUCUAUCAUUUGGUGGAUGAGCUGAAACAACAUGGGUACUUGAAGGAAGGGAAGAGAUUCCAACAUUCCACUGAAACUGUCAGCUGCAAGUUUCGUAGGGUGUUGCGGCAUGUCCACACCUAUGGCCAACAUUUAAUCAAGCCCGAUUCGAAUGUGAAAAUCAUAGGAGCUAUUGAUGGAAUGCAUAUUAGUGCUCGGCCUCCAAGUGAGAAAACCCAGCCUCACAGGAGUCGCAAGAGCUUGAUUACAACCAACGUUAUGUGCGCAUGCGACCAUGAUAUGAAGUUUACAUAUGUCCACUUUGGUUGGGAGGGAAGUGCCCACGACUCAAAGGUCUUCGAAGAAGCUAUUAAAGACCCGAAGCAUGGAUUCCUAUGGCCACCGGAAGGGUCCUAUUACUUGGUUGAUUCGGGAUACCCCAUUGGUGCAUCGUUUCUUCCAUCACACAAGGCCACCCGAUAUCAUGCUCAAGAAUUUAGGCGGAGCAAUAGGCAACCAGCAUUGGGGAAAGAGUUGUUUAACUAUAGACACUUUUCAUUGCGCAUGGUAAUUGAGAGGAGCUUUGAAGUCCUUAAGGCUCGCUUUCCCAUCUUGAGUUGCAUGGCGAACUAUAAGGAAUCUUGGCAACGUUUGGUUGUUUCUGCGUGUUGUGCGUUACACAAUUUUAGACACAUCAAUAAUCAUAGAGAUGAAAUGUUUAACUCAUGGGAGAAUCUUGAUGUUAAUAGAGAUGAUGUACAAGCUGGGAACAAUGAGAAUUCUCCUGAGUCGAGUGCAAGUGUUGAAAGGAGGCACGUGAGGGAGAUGUCCGAUGUAGCGAAGAGGGCAAUGGGUGAGUUUAGGGAUGAUGUGACUGCCUGCAUGUGGGAGGAGUACAUGCGAUGA